GCCGCCUCUCCUCCUCCCUCCACUUCCUGGUUUUUUAACGGGUCCGCCUGUCAAACAAGUCCAAAGUUGUCCGGACUCGGGACGAGGAUGAGCCCAGCGGCGGGGACUCGGCAGCCGGGCGAAGCUUGCUCACUCUGUGUCGGUGUUUUUCCAUAAUGGUGGCCAGACGCGGGUGUUUUCGACAGCGGCGCGGCGCGGCAGCAGCGGAGCGGAGCGGAGGCUAGCCGCCGCUGCUAACUACUGUUAGCAUCCGUGUUCCUCCGGGCAGCUCGGCUUCAGGUUCCCUUCAAGAGAGAGUUUACCGAGGAGGAGAGGACAUGGAGAACAAGGUGCAGAUGAGGAACCACCCUCGCAGGCAGCUGAAGAAGCUGAGUGAGGACAGUCUGACCAAACAGCCAGAGGAAGUGUUCGACGUCCUGGAGAAGCUCGGAGAAGGGUCAUAUGGGUGUGUGUUUAAGGCCCAUUAUAAAGAAACGGGGGAGAUUGUGGCCAUCAAACAGGUUCCUGUGGAGUCGGAUCUUCAAGAGAUCAUCAAAGAAAUCUCCAUCAUGCAGCAGUGUAACAGUCCUCAUGUGGUGCGGUACUACGGCAGCUACUUUAAAAACAGCGACCUGUGGAUCGUCAUGGAGUACUGUGGAGCCGGAUCAGUGUCUGACAUCAUCCGGAUACGCAACAAGACGCUGACAGAGGAAGAGAUCGCCACCAUCCUGCAGUCGACUCUGAAAGGUCUGGAGUAUCUUCACUUCAUGAGGAAGAUCCACCGAGACAUCAAGGCGGGGAACAUCCUCCUGAACGCCGAGGGCCAGGCCAAACUGGCCGACUUCGGCGUGGCUGGACAGCUCACAGACACCAUGGCGAAGCGUAACACCGUCAUCGGCACGCCGUUCUGGAUGGCUCCGGAGGUUAUUCAGGAGAUUGGUUACAACUGCGUGGCCGACAUCUGGUCUCUGGGAAUUACAGCCAUCGAGAUGGGCGAGGGCAAGCCGCCCUAUGCAGACAUCCACCCCAUGAGGGCCAUCUUCAUGAUUCCCACCAACCCUCCUCCAACAUUCCGUAACCCCGAUCUCUGGUCUUCGUCCUUUCAAGACUUCGUCAGCCAGUGUCUGGUGAAAAACCCUGAAAACAGGGCCACAGCCACACAGCUGUUACAGCAUCCGUUCAUCAAGGCAGCCAAGCCCAGCUCCAUCCUGCGAGCGCUGAUCACCGACGCCAUGGAGAUCAAACUGAAGAGGCAAGAGGAGGCGGAGCAGAGGGAGCAGGACGCCGAGGACGAGGACAACUCGGAUGAGGACGAGGUGGACCAGGGGACGAUGGUACGAGCAGGAACCGGCGACUCCGGAACCAUCCGAGCCGCCGGGUCCUUGGCGAGCUCCCUGGGCGGGACGGCUCGGACGAUGAUCGAGCACGAGGACACGGGAACCAUGCAGUCGCAGCUCGGCACCAUGGUCAUCAACUCAGACGACGAGGAUGAGGAGGAAGCCGGCACCAUGAAGAGGAGAGACGAGACCAUGCAGCCCGCCAAGCCGUCCUUCCUCGAGUACUUUGAGCAGAAGGAGAGGGAGUCCAACGUCCACAACGACGGGGGAGGGCGGGGGGAGAACAACGCAGACCACCGCAAAGUGCCCCCAGAGGGGGAUCUGGAAGUGGUGAGUUCCUGGUCUGUGGAGGAGCUGAGGAGACGCCUGGCCUCUCUGGACCCUCAGAUGGAGCAGGAGAUCGAGGAGAUCCGGCAGCGCUACCAGGCCAAAAGGCAGCCCAUCCUGGACGCCAUCGAGGCCAAGAAGCGGCGGCAGCAGACCUACUGAGGAGGAUCCAGGUGCUUCCUGUGAGGGGGGUCUGAGGAACGCCCCCCCGCAGGCCGCGACGAUCCGGUCUGAGGCCACGUCUGGAAAACUGCUGUUUGUUGAACUUCACAGAAGAAGAAGGUGAAGAAGGUCCGAUCCGUUGGAGAUCCUCAGGGAUCUGUAUGAGCUCCACUGCACUUCUGCUCUGAACACUUAGAGAAAUGUCAGGUUCGAAGCCGCGGUGACGAUCCAUGAAGAUCCGCCAGAUCUCUGGAAGCCUUUAGGUUUUUUUUUUUUUUUUUUUUUUUUUUUUUCUGCUUUUCCAUGUGGUACAGUUUCAUCUGAGACGGUUCAGCUUCGGUACUCCUCCAGAAGACAGACGCUCCACUGCUUUUGGUCUUACCUCUCCAGACUCUGGGAGCCAGAAAAGAGUAGAAAACAUGCCUUCAUUAGAGUCCGUCUCCUGUAGGUUUCAUCUGCUGACAGUUUGAUUUUUAGGCUCUAGAACAGACCUGGAACCUUCACGUUCUUUUGGUGUGAAGACGCGUGUGUGUGUGCGUGCGUGUGUGUGCGUGUGUGUGUGUGUGUCUGUGUUUGGCUUCACUGUGAUGUUUAGUUAGAUCAGAGGAGGUUCGUUCCUCAGGGUGUCUUCAGUGGAAAACAAGCGGAGUUCCUCUGUCUGAAAGUCACUUUCCCAAGGUUCCAGUGAGCACACAUUAAAUCAGAUGUCAAGCUCGUUUGAAGCGGGAACGAUGGAUUAUUUUCACACUGUGGUCGCCGUUAUUUAGAAUCCAAAUUAAAAACGAAAUAUAAAUGCUAUUUUUCACUAGGAACUUAAAUUUCCAGCAGGUGUUUAAAGUUGGUGGACAUGUAGCUUCAUCAAACCCUGAUGACGACGAGCGUAAUCCAGAAAGCGUCUGGUCCAAAAGAUACAAGCACAAAGAAACACGAAGCACAGACUCUCCUCAGGAGAGGAGAGCAAAGGGAAAACGUUUCUGUCAGUCCACUGAAGGGAGAAAUGUUUACUGAGCAUCAAGUUACUUUUUUGUCAUUUUGAGUUUUAACAUUUGGUGGACGUAUUGAACAACAGUUAAAUUACAGUUUUAAAGGCUUUUUGUAUGUUAACUGAGGAAAACUGGGAAAAAAGAGGCAGACGUGUUAGAGUAAUAUAAAUAAGGAGAAUAUUUCAGUAACACAGAAGAAAUGAUGGGAGUUGGAGUAGAAACAACAAACUUAAUACAUUUAUUUUAAAAUUUAGGGAGCAAACUUUGAUUUUUGUUGUUUUUGUCACAUUUUUUUCCUCUAAAUUAUCUCAACACUUUUCUGUUAGAAUCAAAUUUCCAUCAAAUUAUUAUAAUUUGUAAUGUUUUUAUUUCAACAGGGUAAUUUUUGCCUUUUUUUUCUUUGCCUUAUUUGUUUUUAUAAUUUCAUUUGUUAUUUUCAGUUUUUUAGUUUCUUGUGUUUUUUUAGUUCGUGGUUUAUUUUCUUUCGUUCUCGUCCUUUGGUUCUCGGAUUCAUAAAGCUUUCCUCAGACAGACAGAUAUAUUUGCAGGAGACGGUUCAUCCCUGUGGGAGCGUACGGUGGAGCGUGCGGAGAUUGAAAACUUCUUCUCAGGUCUUAAAACUCCUCAGGGCUGUAAAAUAAAAUCCUCCACAGAGGCACAUCUGAAUGGCAAGAGCAGCUGAAGGUUUGAAACUCCACGAGGGAUCAUCUGCCUCGGUCAGGAGUCUGAAUCGUUGAAUGGAAAACCUUCAGCUGGAUCCGAGUCUUCGACGGGACACGGCACGUCCCGUUUGCUCUCCGGAUCUCCACUGAAUCUUUGUUGGUGUGUUUUUCUGUUUUUUCUUCUUCCGCAGUGUUUUGAAGCUGGAUUUGAAAAUGUGUCAAAAUCACUGGAGACUCAAGUGUCCCGAUGUCUUUGAAUCAACCACUGUUUGUUCCAUAUGAACGCUUUCUGCUCAGAUUCUUAUUUUUCUAUGAUUUUAAAUCAAACCUCUUGGUUGGUUUUGUUGGAUUUAUUGACUCAAAUCUGUCCUCUCCAACUACAGCACAUGGUUAGCAGUACGUAACGGACGGCGUUGAGUCAUUUUAAUGAUGAUCUUCCACCUUUUCCACAGAUGUGAGGAGCAGAACAAGUCUUCUGCUCCUCACAUCUCAACAUCCGUACAAAGCCAACACGGCUGCAGGAAACGACCUGCUUCUCUAGAUUGAAACUCGACACACUUGAGCUGCUGUUUGCGCUGCUGCAUCCUCUUUUCUGCUCCUCGUAUCUGAAGAACAGUUGUGAACAGUUGCAUUACAGCGACACUGAGAACUCCUGGAGUCGGAACGUUUUAUUCUUUUGAAUUAAUUUUAUUAGGAGAGGACCAAACAUGAGCAAAUGCUCACUUUUUUUUUUUACGACGAAGAAAAACAGAAAAGGAGAAGUCCACUGUUGAUGUUGGUUCCUGACUCUUCUGAACUGAACCUCAUUUAUUUAAAGAGUGAAAUCUACUGAACUGCAGGCAGCAUCUGGACUCUCCUCUCGUGUCUUAAUCUGGUCUUUUCUUUGCACAUUUUUUUGGUAAACAACACUUUAUUUUGAUAGUUUUUGUACCUUCCUGUAAAGUUCAAAUUCAGAGGUUUCUAAAGAUUCGGAGGUCAUUUCGGCUGCGCCUGAAGGUAAAUUAAAGUUUCUCCCCUCUUGUUUCCCAUGUGUGAAUCUGUCCCAGCAUGCAGGAUGUUUGAAAGGUUCCUUUAAAGUCUCUGCUGUUUGCUUUGUGUUUAGUUUGCUUCUCUAAUAAAGGACAUAAUACUGGAAAGACCUCUUCAA